AUGCCUGCUACUAGCUGCCAUGCUCUCCUCGGUGGUCAGGUUUCAGAGACCAGGGGAGCCCCCACAUGCCUGUUGGCCACAGUGGCACAGGCCAACAGAGUGCGUGUGGGAUCCACUCCUCUGGGCCGACCCAGCUACUGUGUGACUGCCAGCUGCAACACAGCCUGCCCCCUACCAGGGACCUGCAACAUCCCUGGCAACAUUGGCAGCUGUGGGCCCUAUGGUGAAGGUGCCCUGAAUGGCCAUGAGAAAGAAACCAUGCAGUUCCUGAAUGACCGCCUGGCCAACUACCUGGAGAAGGUGCGGCAGCUGGAGCAAGAGAAUGCAGAAUUGGAGACCAAGAUCCAGGAGUGGAGCAAGUGCCAUGAGUCCAUGAUGUGUCCUGACUACCAGAGCUACUUCUGCACUGUGGAAGAGCUCCAGCAGAAGAUCCUGUGCAUCAAAUCUGAGAACAACAGGCUGGUGGUGCAAAUAGAUAAUGCCAAGUUGUCCGCUGAUGACUUUCGGACCAAGUAUGAGGCGGAACACUCACUGCACCAGCUGGUGGAGAGUGAUGUGUGUGGGCUGCGUCGAGCACUGGAUGACCUCACUCUUGCCAAGUGCGACCUAGAGGCCCAGCUGGAGUCCCUGAAGGAGGAGCUGCUUUGUCUCAAGAAGAACCAUGAGCAGGAAGUCCACACUUUGAGGUGCCAGCUGGGAGACAAGCUGCGGAUCGAGCUGGACACAGAGCCUACUGUGGACCUGACCAGGGUGCUGGAACAGAUGCGGUGCCAGUAUGAAACCAUGGUGGAGACCAACCGUCAGGACGUGGAGCAGUGGUUUCAGGCUCAGUCUGAGGGCUUCGGCCUGCAGACCACGUCAUGCUCUGAGGAGCUGCAGUGCUGCCAAUCAGAGAUCCUGGAACUUCGCUGCACAGUGAAGGCCCUGGAGGUGGAGCUUCAAGCUCAGCACAACCUGAAAGAUUGUCUGCAAAACAAUCUGUGUGAAGCCGAGGCCCGCUUUGGCACUGAGUUGGCCCAGAUGCAGACCCUGAUCAACACCGUGGAGGAGCAGCUGGCUGAAAUUCGCAGUGACCUGGAGCGGCAGAACCAGGAGUACCAAGUGCUGUUGGAUAUCAAGGCACGACUGGAGUCAGAGAUCGCCACAUACCGGAACCUUCUGGAAAGCGAGGACUGCAAGCUUCCCUGCAACCCAUGUGCCACCCCAGCCUCUUGUGUCCCCUGCCCAGCUUUUGUAACCUGUACUUCUUCACCCCACCUAUCUGGACCUACUCGGGCCUCCUGUGUGCCAUGCCCAUCAUCUCGAUGCUGA